AUGGGAGAGAGGCCAUAUCGCUGUGAAAUCUGUGGUGAAUCAUUCUCUUGUCAUGUUAAUUUAACUCGACACAACCGUAUUCAUACAGGAGAGAAACGAUAUCACUGUGAUAUCUGUGGUAAAUCCUUCUCUGAAAAUCAUCAUUUAACUAGACACAAACUCAUUCAUACAGGAGAGAAGCCCUAUCGCUGUGAAAUCUGUGGUAAAUCAUUCACUCGUGAUACUAGUUUAACUGCACACAAAAGUACUCAUACAGGAGAGA